UCUUCGUAAUGCAGCCUCCGCAUUAUUGUUUACACAUCUAAGUCCUCUGUAUAGAAUAUCUAGAACUUCUGCUGUUAUGGUAGGGCACAGGUAGCAUCUUUUACAUGCAGGUAUUGUAAAAAAAAAAGAAGCUGUUUUACAACACAGCAAUCCAGAGUUGUUCUUUUUGUUCCCUGUUCGCCGAAGAACAUCACUGUCGCUUUACUUAGAGAAGGAGAUAAAAGUAUCUACUGAAUAUGAGUGAUGACAAACCCUUUGUAUGCACUGCUCCUGGAUGCGGUCAGCGUUUUACUAAUGAAGACCAUUUGGCUGUCCACAAACACAAACAUGAGAUGACACUAAAGUUUGGUCCAGCGCGUAAUGACAGUGUCAUCGUUGCUGACCAAACUCCAACACCAACCCGUUUUUUGAAGAAUUGUGAAGAAGUGGGACUAUUUAAUGAAUUGGCCAGUCCCUUUGAAAAUGACUUCAAAAAAGCAACAGAAGAAGACAUCAAAAAGCUACCCUUAGAUUUGUCUUCACUCGCAACUCCCAUUGUAAGAAAUAAAACUGAAGAGCCAUCAGCUGUGGAAACCACUCACCAAGACAGUCCUUUGCCUCACCCAGAAUCUACUACAAGUGACGACAAGGAUGUUGCAUUGCAGCCGACUUCACAUCCAACAUCUACUAUAGUUCGUCCCGCAUCUCUUCAAGUCCCCAAUGUACUACUUGCAAGCUCAGAUGCGAACGUUGUAAUACAGCAAGCCCUACCAUCUCCAACAUCUAGCUCUGUCAUUACUCAAGUCCCAUCCUCUAAUAGGCCAAUAGUACCUGUUUCUGGCUCCUUCCCUGUGCUUUUACAGCUCCCUAAUGGACAAACAAUGCCUGUGGCGAUUCCUGCCUCCAUUACGAAUCCGAGUGUACAUAUUCCCACAGCAAUCCCACUUGUCAGACCUGUCACCAUAGUGCCUAGUGUUCCUGGAAUCCCUGGACCCUCCUCCCCUCAGCCUGUGCAGUCAGAAGCUAAAAUGAGGCUAAAAGCUGCACUGACACAGCAGCACCCUCAGGUAACUAAUGGAGAGGCCAGCGAUGGGCAGAGCAGUAGUUCAGCCAGGGCACAGUCAGAGGAAGCAUGCCCCCAGUCUCUGCAGCAGCCUGCAACAUCCACAACAGAGACUCCAGCCUCUCCAGCACAGCCUGCCCAGCACACCCCCAGCACUGGCGGCAGGCGCAGAAGAGCCAUAAGUGAAGACCCCGACGAAAAGAGGCGCAAGUUUUUGGAGCGCAACAGGGCGGCUGCGUCCCGGUGCAGGCAGAAGAGAAAGGUCUGGGUCCAGUCUUUAGAAAAGAAGGCCGAAGAUCUGAGUUCAAUGAAUGGACAGCUACAGAAUGAAGUCACCCUGCUGAGAAAUGAAGUGGCUCAGCUGAAACAGCUUCUUCUGGCUCAUAAAGAUUGCCCUGUAACCGCCAUGCAGAAGAAAUCUGGCUAUCACAACACCGAUAAGGACGAUAGUUCUGAAGACAUCUCGGUGCCCAGCAGCCCUCAGGCCGAAGCCAUCCAGCACAGUUCUGUCAGCACUUCCAAUGGAGUCAGCUCCUCUUCGGUGGCCUCCACAGCCCUAACCUCGCUGGCCGAGCAGAGUACAGACCCAAUGAAACCGCAGGUAGUGGUGGCUCUUCCUUCCCAGGCACAGUCCUCGGGGACUUGAUGGGUUGGACGUGCGGUCAAUGCUUUAUUUCCAGCUACAAAAAGGGAAGAAGGAACAUUCACUUUUCUCCGUUUUGGAGAAUGCUGUAUUUCUUUUUUUUUUAAGUUCGGUUAUUGUUGUUGUUGUUGUUGUUUUUUUAUUCUUAAUACCAAAAGUACCUAGCGUGGAGCAAGUGGUCAUGCUCAAGGGCACUUUCCAGUCAUUUUGAAAAUUGGACUGAUUGUCUUUUUCUCUUACAUCUAUUUGAAUUGAUCAAAUUGAUUGAAUAUGCCAGGCACCUUUGUCUAUUUCUUUUACUCGGAAAGGAGUUUUAAUUUAUUAAAAUGAUACAUCACUGAUGAGACAUUCCUACCAAAGUAUGUGUCAUACAGCUUCUGUCGAUUUUUCUUGACAUCUUUAAAGCACUAUCUGAGAGAAAAAGACACAAUUUAAGCAGUCACUUUGUUUAUUUAUUUGCCUUUUCUAAUUUUGCACAUGAGGGAGAAGAAGGAUUUGUUUUUAAAUUGUAUUUGAUUGUUCACCUGUAAGUAUUGGCAGCUUUUAGUGGUAAAUUUUAAGACUUGUCUUGUUACACAAUAUCAGUGAUUGAGUUGAGAAAAAAUAUUUUGUAUGUGUGAGUGGUAUGGUGCUUAUACCAGUAGCACUCUGUGGUUUGAAUGUUAACAGUUGCCUCCACUUGUAAAAUAGUCUUAAUGAGAAUCUUUGCUUAGAAUAAUGUAUGUUCAAGAACGAUGUUUUGACUAACAUUCCAUGUGUAGUUUCAUUGUUACAGAUAAGGUGAUUGUAGAAUUACAGUAAUUUUUUUCUCAUUAUCCAGACAUCUGCUAGGUAAUGAAUUUUACUAAAUGUGCCAUUAAUAUUUCAUAUUAAAUUAUUCACAGGUUUCGAUUUGUAUUGUAGGGAUUAGGAAACAUUUACAAAUCUGUCCCCCUGUCAUGAUCAUUUGGAUGGGAUUAUAUAACGUAUCAUGUUAAUGCUUUUUUAUGUGUAACAUUGCUUGAGCUUAUAGAAACGUGACAGUCUCAGCAAAUGCUGUUCAGAAAUUACACUACUGUAGCAAAUUAAAAUGACUUGUUUUCAUUUCUUGUAUUUCAAAGACAAUUUGAGAUUCUAUGAAAUGUAAAUGGCCUAAAUGAUGAUACACUGUAUGUGAACUUUCAGCAAUGAGAGAAAAUUGUACAUUGUUUUUUUAUGAAAUAAUGCUGUAUUUGAGAGCCCAUUAUAAAUGUUUUCUUUUAUAAAAAUGUAGCCUUUGUGGGAGUCUUUAAAGUAGGGAUUCUCAAAUUCUUCUGAGCCCAGAUACUGCUGAAGAGAUCAGGAGACCAUAUUUUUUUAUUUAACAUAACUGUCAAACUCACAUCUUGCUUGGCAAAUUAUUAAAAUUGUUCUAUCCUUAUUUUAGAUAAUACUAACACUACUAAUAGUAAAACAACAAAUAUUGGGUUACAGAUCACAGCAUCAUUCAUCUGCCUUUUAUCUUACAAUGUAUUUGCUUACUACUGUGUAGUUUUAUAAAGACAUGCUGCAUUUCUUCAAUUCAAAGACCUUCAAAUGAAAAUAACAUUCUUGUUUAAACAGGUAAUUUGUACUGUCACUGUUUUGUGCUAUUUGCAUGUAUAAAUUCUCUGAGAGAAUUAAACCAAUAUAAAAGUCUCGGUUAAAUAAGUAUCAUCUAACAUGUCGUGCCACCUUGAGUUCUAGCAAGAUGAUAAUAGAUUCAUGACUGGUUCUGUAAGUACUUCCUUUAACUUUUUUCUGGUUCAACUGCAUUAAAAGGCGUGAUACUAUUGUGUUGGCAGUAAAGUGUAACUUGUGAAAGUUCUGUAUAAAAUCAUAAAUUAAAGUUGUAAUAAAUCUUUUAAUAUCUCUUUAAGGUC